AUGGAAAUUGCUAUUGAUUUCAAAAUCAGAAUAAGAUGGGAAAUAUAUGAGAAUAGAAUAUUAUCUCUCUUAGUAAAAGAUUUACUCAUUCUGGCAAAUUAGGAUGAUCUUUUUCAAUUAAAGGAACAUCUUGAUGGAAGAGUAAUAUACUUAGGAAUAUAAAAUAUUUAUGAAACCUAAGAGUUACUUUCCACUAAACAAAACAGUAAAGUAGAUUUAUAACAUCUAUUUAGGUUUGUCAACUUAAGGAAAGAUUCACCAAAACCUAAGUCUGUUGUAAAGCUAUGCGUAAAGAUGCAUAUGAAAUUGAAUAAGUACAUAAAUAAAUAAUGAUAUUGUACAAGUUAUAACAAUAUUCAUGUUUUCCAAAGAUUUAUGAAAUAUAUGAAUCAAAAACUCAUAUCUAUAUAGUUUAAGAAAUGAUGUUUAAACAUUUAAAUGUAGAUCUAAUGCAUGAGGAAAUUUAAAUAAUUAUAUUUGUAUUAAUUUAUGAUUUAAUGAAGGAAUUAUUAAAGAUUGUUAAAAUAUUGAUAUAGAAUAAAAUUUAUUAUUCAAAAAUUAAGUUAUCGAAUUUAAUGUUAGAUAAGAAAGGUAAUCUAAAAUUAGUUGGAUUUUGUUGUGCUUAAUAAACAAAUGAAAUAGAUGUAGAAAAUUAUUUAGCAAACAUAGGAAGUAUAAUGAUGAAUUUGUAUUUUUUUAUAGAUAAUAAUAUUUAGGUAUGGUGUUAAUGAUAGUUUUAAUUCUCUUCCAAUAAUAGCUGAUAAGGGAAAUGAAUUUAUUGUAGGUUUAAUGAAUCCUAAUCAUGAUUAUAGAUUUAGUUUCGAAGAUGCAAUGAAACAUGAUUAUAUUCGAAAUAUCUUUUGUGAAACCAAUUUAAUAAUCAAAAAAUGUCCAAAUCCUAAGUUGAUUACAGAGGUGACAGAAUCUUUAACUUUAUAGUCAAAGACGGGUUCUUAAUUUAAAAAAUAAUAAUGA